UUCUUACUCUAUUUAUAUUUCCUGCUUGUUAAUGUUCUUUUCUCUGACAGAGACAAUCAGAGCGGAGAGACCGACCGAGGAGACAAGAGCUUCAGCUGCGGUCACCCAGUGUGGGGCCUCGCCUUCGGACCAAGACCCCCAAAAUCCGUCGCCGCUGCACAGCCAGUGAACACAUCGUCCAAAGGGAACAACAGCCUGCUCCUGGCCACAGGCUUGGAGAACGGGGUCAUCAAAAUCUGGAAUGUCUUAACAGGUGAUGCUGUGUUUGACCUCCACGGCCAUGAAGGGGUGGUAAGGGACCUGGUCUUCCCUCAGAACGGGACGCUCACGCUCAUAUCGUCCUCUCGAGACAAAACCUUGAGGAUUUGGGACCUGGCUCAAAAAGGUAAAAAGGUGCAGGUGCUCUCAGGCCACAAAGACUGGAUCAGCUGCUGCUGCGUGUCUCCAGACUGCAGCAUGAUCGCCUCCGUCGGGAGGUUUGACAGAAUGGUUUGUCUGUGGAGUCUACGCUCCUACACGUUCAUCAGAAACCUGACCGGAGGCACCAGGAAGACCUUGUACCUCCUGUCUUCCUGUGACUUCUCUCCUGACGGGGCGCUGCUCGCCACGGCAGCCUUCAGCGGCUCCAGCUGGUGGAUCGACCUCUGGGACCCGUACACCGCAGAGAAACUGGCCACUCUGGUUGACUACUUUGAAGAUUACGGGCAGAACCAGAUCUCAGCAAUACAAUUCUCUCCCAACGGUUUGCACCUGGCGAUCGUGACGGACGGCAGGGCUCUUCUGAUCUGGGAGCCGGGAAAGAGAGGGAUGGUGAUGCAGACCAAAGCAGACAGAGACUCUAACGGACUGUGCUGCGACUACCAUCCACAAGGGGGCGUGGUCGCCACAGGAACCAGAGACGGCCACGUGAGGUUCUGGAAGGUGCCCAGGACGGUGCCCAGCCUGUGCCACCUGUGCCGAUCCAUCCUGCGCCAUUCGGUGUCCACGCACCAGCUGGAGCCGCUGCCCCUCCCCAAGAGGAUCCUGCAGUACCUCACGUACAGAAACAUCCCCGAGCGCCUCAAGACCCGCUGCUCCUCAGAGGAGGAGGAGCGCAAAGGUUAAAUAUGAACAUUUCAAGUAACCAAACAAUGCAACUGGUAUUUACACUAAGUGAUUAUUAUACACUGAACACUAAUAAAAUGCCUUUGUUUGCUGAGGUAUUAAAAGUUGCUUCCACAGCUCGGCUCGGCACAGGAAGCAGCUCUUAACAUCAUCCACUUUAGAUGCAACAUUUACUGCACUAAGGAUUUAAUUUAUUGCACUACUACUGUUAAACGAUGCAUUAACUCAAUGUUCACAUGCUUAUAUAUAUAUAUAUAUAUGACUUGAAUAUCACACUUUUAUACUGUUAAUUUAUUGUGUACAUAUAUAAUUUCUAAUUCCUGUUUAUCAUAAGGGAACAACACACGACCUGCGACUGUACCUGCACAUGUUUAUUGUUAAUAUAAAAACUGGAUUAUAUAUAGGAAAUAGUUUUAUUAAACAGACUCAAACAUU